AUGAAAUCCAAAAGUCUAACCCCCUUCCUCACCCUCCUGCCAACCCUCGCCGCCGCCGCCGCCGCCGCCGCCCCCCUCGACGCAAGCCGCUACCUUUGGUACACCACCCCCGCGCCCCCAACAGACUGGGAAAACGGCGCCCUGCCAAUCGGCAACGGCCGAUUAGCAGGUACAAUCUACGGCGGCGUCCAGGAUGAAGUGCUUACACUAAACGAGAACACGAUCUGGUCGGGCCCGCUGCAGGAUCGCACGCCCGAGAAUGCACUCGCUGCAUUGCCGGCGGCGCGUGAAAUGCUACUUUCCGGGAACAUCAGUGCCGCUGGGGACUUUAUUCAGCGCGAGAUGAUGCAUCCGGUGGAUAGUAUGCGUGCUUAUAGCUAUUUUGGGAAUUUGGAGGUUGGUGUUGGCCAUGGGGCCGGGGUAAGUGGGUAUAGGAGGUGGUUGGAUACGAGGACGGGAGAUGCUGGGGUUGAGUAUGUGAUUGGUGAGGUUGGGUAUACGCGGGAGUAUAUUGCGAGCUAUCCGGCUGGGGUUCUUGCUGCGCGGUUCACGGCGAGUGAAAAGGGUGCUCUGAGUCUCAAUGCUACCUUUUCUCGCGCGGAAUCGAUUACGUCUCUGCAGGCUUCUGCGUCGAAUACUGCUCCGUGGAUUAGAUUGGAUGGCACGAGUGGACAGUCGGCCGAUGAAGAUCCGAUUGUGUUUAGUGGGCAGGCAAGCUUUGUGGCAGAUGGAGCUCGUUUUGCUGCUAGUGAGGGCACGCUUUCUAUCACUGGAGCCACUACAGUCGACAUCUUCUUCGACGCCGAAACCAACUAUCGCUACCCCAGCCAGGAUGAUAUCGACGCGGAGAUCAGACGCAAACUCGACAACGCACUCACAAAGGGUUUCGACAAGAUCAAAGACGAGGCACUGAAAGACUCGUCUACCCUCCUUGAACGCGCCUCAAUCAACCUCGGAAACUCGUCGAGCGAGAUCCGAGCUCUACCCACCGACGAACGCAUCGCUCGUGCCCGCGAAGGGCUCGACGACCCUGAGCUCGCAACCCUAACUUGGAACUACGGCCGACACAUGCUCGUGGCCUCGUCUAGGAACACUUGCGAAGCUAUCGACCUCCCCGCAAACCUGCAGGGGAUAUGGAACAAUGAGACUACCGCAGCAUGGGGUGGAAAAUAUACCAUCAACAUCAACACGGAGAUGAACUACUGGCCCGCGGGCCAAACAAAUCUCAUCGAGACGCAAGAGCCACUCUUUGACUUGUUCAAGGUCGCGCAGCCGCGAGGCCAGGCACUUGCAGAGGACAUGUAUAACUGCAGCGGUAUGGUAAUCCACCAUAACCUCGAUCUAUGGGGUGACCCAGCCCCCGUCGAUAACUAUACUUCGUCUAGCAUGUGGCCGAUGGGUGCGGCGUGGCUGGUGACGCAUCUUAUUGAUCAUUACCGGUUUACCGGUGAUAAGGAACUGCUCGAGGACACUGUAUACCCGUACCUUGUCGACGUGGCCAAAUUCUACCAAUGCUAUACCUUCGAGCACGAAGGGUAUAGAGUCACCGGUCCCUCGCUCUCACCGGAGAACACCUUCACCAUUCCAGAGGACUGGAGCAUCGCCGGCUCCGAAGGAGCAAUGGACAUUGCUCUCCCGAUGGAUGACCAAAUCAUUUGGGAAGUCUUCAACGAUCUCCUCGACGCCGCAUCGGUACUCGGUAUCGAGGACAGCGACGAGACCGUCUCAGCAGCGAAAUCCUUCAUCGCCCAGAUCCACCCGCCCCGGAUCGGCUCCAAAGGUCAGAUUCAAGAAUGGCGUUUGGACUACGAAACCGACGGCGCGGGGCACCGCCACCUCUCGCCGCUCUUCGGUCUCCAUCCAGGCCGCCAGUUCUCGCCGCUGGUUAACGAGACACUGAGUGCAGCGGCGGAAGUUCUCCUGGAUGAGCGUCUCGAGCACGGCUCUGGAAGCACCGGGUGGAGUAAUGCGUGGUUCAUCAACCAGUAUGCGCGGCUGCACCGGGGCGAGGACGCCUGGGCGCAGGUUUUGAAGUGGUUUAGCAUAUACCCGACGAAUAACCUGUGGAAUACGGAUAAGGGCGCGACCUUUCAGAUUGAUGGGAACUUUGGCGUCACCAGUGGCAUUACGGAGAUGUUUCUGCAAAGUCAUACCGGGGUCGUGCAUCUUUUGCCGGCGCUUCCUGGGGAGAGUAUUCCUAGUGGAAGUGUAAAGGGGCUGAAGGCGAGGGGGAACUUUGAGGUUGAUGUUGACUGGGCAGAUGGGACGUUGGAGAGCGCCGUUGUGAGGUCCGUUGGUGGUGGGUUGUUGAGCGUGAGAGUGCAGGAUGGGGAGAAGUUUUAUGUCAACGGAGAGCUAUACGAGGAGGCGUUGGAGACGACAGGCGGGGAGGAGUAUGUCAUCACAUUGACCUAG